CGGUCCCUCUGAAGCGCGGGAAAGAAGUCAGCUGUCACCACCAUUUGUGCGAAGAGAAGCGGAAUAAUUGCGAUAAAUAAAAGCAGAAUAGCGACAGACAAUUGCACAAAUCUGAUUCAUGUUAUAACCAAAUCAAAGUACUAGCAUUCCAGUACAUAUAUCAAGUGUUUGCCGAGCGUUUUGCAAGUGAAUUUCGCAAAAACAAGCAAUUCCCUAGGCAGACAAAAGCAGAACCUCUAAAAAAAGCGCGCCGUCGAAGGAGUCUUGCCAAACCCGGUCUACGCUCUGCAAUCUCCGAGGUACAGUCAUGGCCAAGGUGCACAUCACCAACGUGGUGGUGCUGGACAACCCGAGCAGCUUCUUCAACCCCUUUCAGUUCGAACUCACGUUCGAGUGCAUUGAGGAGCUGAAGGAGGAUCUGGAGUGGAAGAUGAUCUACGUAGGCUCGGCGGAGUCCGAAGAGCACGACCAGGUGCUGGACACCAUAUACGUGGGACCAGUGCCUGAGGGGCGACACAUCUUUGUUUUCCAGGCGGAUCCGCCAGACGUCAGCAAGAUCCCGGAACCGGAUGCGGUGGGCGUUACCAUUGUUCUGCUUACCUGCUCCUACCGCGGCCAGGAGUUCGUCCGCGUGGGCUACUAUGUGAAUAACGACUACGCUGACCCGGAGAUGCGCGAGAACCCGCCAACGAAGCCUCUUUUCGAGAAGCUGACGCGAAACAUCCUGGCCAGCAAGCCGCGCGUCACCCGGUUCAAAAUUAAUUGGGACUACGGGCACAUCAACGGGAAUGGAAACGGCGUGGAGAACGGCCAUCAAGAUGAGAUGGCCACCGAUGGACCGUCCACAUCGGAGGCGGCUUCAGUAGUUGUCCAUCCCGAAGAUGACAAUAGUUUGGCCAUGCCAAUGGAGAACGGAAUCAAGGCCUUAAACGAGAACUCCAACUCAUUGGCCAUGGAAUGUUGAGAGCUGCCGGCAGUCCGAACAAUGACCACACCAACACACUCAAACCAACAUGGGCAACAAUGGAUAAUUUAGCACUCCUGGUCCUUGUCCCUCUAUUUACCUUUAAGUAACUAAGAUUUAAAGCAAAAAUAUAUGUAUACAUUAAAUUAUUUCCUAAAACAUGCA